AUGGAUAGCGACUCUGAAAUACAAACCCCAGUGGCGUUACCAGCCCUUGUGGCGUUACGAGCCCCAGUGGCGUUACCAGCCCCUGUGGCGUUACCAGCCCUAGUGGCGUUACCAGCCCCUGUGGCGUUACCAGCCCUAGUGGCGUUACCAGCCCCUGUGGCGUUACCAGCCCCAGUGGCGUUACCAGCCCCAGUGGCGUUACCAGCCCCUGUGGCGUUACCAGCCCUAGUGGCGUUACCAGCCCCUGUGGCGUUACCAGCCCCAGUGGCGUUACAAGCCCUUGUGGCGUUACGAGCCCCAGUGGCGUUACCAGCCCCUGUGGCGUUACCAGCCCUAGUGGCGUUACCAGCCCCUGUGGCGUUACCAGCCCCUGUGGCGUUACCAGCCCCAGUGGCGUUACCAGCCCCUGUGGCGUUACCAGCCCUAGUGGCGUUACCUCGUAAUGUAAACAAAAUGGCAGAAGAAAUUAUAAUUGUUGGUUGUGAAUAG